UGGAAUAUACGAUUGAAUUAUGGCGCCCCAUCUUCAAUAAUAAUUUACCCAAAUACCCAAUUAAAAGAUUUAACUGCGACCUUCUAGAAUCUCAAUACAACUGUCAAUUAAACGUAUUAGAAGUGGUGUAAAAACUAGUAAUCGGAGUUAAUACAGCACUUUACGUUAGAAUCGCAAAAACUCUGUAUAAAAUUGACUUGGAAGGGCGUUGUAUCUGCAUCGAAAAUGGACUUCAAAAUGCAUGAAUACACACACGCUGUGGUUGGUAAAGUGACUCCGGCUUUGAGGAUAACAGACAGAGCUGAUCUUAACGAUGCGCGACGGCAACAUGACUGCUUCUUACGACUUCUUAGAGAACUCAAUUUGGAAGUGGUGGAAAUUGAUUUUGGUUAUCCAUUCCCAGAAAAUGCUCUGUUAGAACAUAUUUCUAUCGUUUGCCAUGGUAUUGCCCUUCUUAUGAAACCAACAUCUAACAUGGAAGAUGAUAUGCUUAAAAUACUCAAAGAAGUCAUGCAAAAAGAUCUUGGUCAAACAGUGAUUGAAUUGUCGGAUCCUUACGCCAAAGUCAAUGGUUCUGAUGUAUUAUUCACAGGUCGCGAAUUUUUUGUGGGCAUUUCGGAUACAAGCAAUGAAGCAGGAGCGAGCGCUGUUGCAGAAGCAUUUCCGGAAUUUCCUUGCACUCCUAUUAAGAUGUCAAAAGGUGCACGACAUUUGAAGAGUUAUAUUACUAUGGCGGGACCCGAGAUACUUUGCGUAGGUGCUAGCAAAGAGGCACAAGAAUUAUUGAAAAGAAUGGAAAGGGAAGCAACUUUUUCUUACCAAACUCUAACGGUCCCAGAGGAUGAGGCUGCAAAUUGUCUCUACAUCAACGGGACGCUUAUUCACAGAGCCAUUGAAGAAAUACCUGAUUCUUUCAAGACCUUCUGUGAGAAGAUUGAUUUUGCCAGACGAUCCAUCUGUUUCUCGGAACUGGCUAAGAUAUCAACUGGUCUCAGCGCAUGUGUUCUUCUUGUUAGGAAGACAUAAAUCUUUGGUAUGUGAUUUCAUCACAGAAUUUUGUUAUUCAGAUACUGUGUGUGCCUGAGGAUUUUCUGAACAUUAUUGCCGUGGCUAAAUUAUUGUUGUAAUAAAAUGUUUAUAUAACGCUUUAUGGGCGCUUUUUGCCUGAUUAUAUAAAAGUGGCAGCAUCAGUUAUAUUAAAGUAACAAAUGAUUAAAUUAAUAAAUAUAAUAUUUGGCAUUCUAUUAUUAAUAUUUAAUGUUAAAAUUUCAUGCAAAUGUUAUUAAUUUCAAUUUAUAUGCAUUUAAAAUAUUAUUCAACUUUUGCUAUAUCUUUAUGAUGUUGCAAAAUUUGGUUUAUAUCAAAACAAUAAUCUUGAGAAAUUUCUAGACAUCAAAUUUGCCUUUAACCCUUAAUUUCGCAAAGUAUGAAACGCAGUAAAAAGCUUUUUUUGUUGUUGUAAUUGUAAUUGAUACACAUAAAACUAUUAUAAAAAAAUAAUUAAAAAAUUUGAAAAGCUUAGUUUUCCUGAAAGCUUAUGUAUGCCACAACAUAUAUUGUCAAAUUAAGGGUUAAAAUUUCAUGUUGACAGUGAACUUUAUAUUUAUACUUCCCGAUUUAACUUCCAUUUACCCAGAAAUAGUCUGAAUAAAUAACAAGUAGCAACUUUAAAUAUCACCCUUAAAUUAGUGUAGGCUCCGAGCCCCUCGGUGGGGAUGUAUAGUGAGCUGAUGAUGAUGAUGAACUUCAAAUAGAGCUCUCAUUAAAUAUAAUUAGAUAAUCAGUAAUUGACAAUAAAAUAAUAAUGACUUGAUUUUCCAUAUACAUUUUAGAAGCAAAAAAUAUAUUUAACAAUAGACCUAUAGUAUUUCCUAUUAUAAAUUAGUUAUGACAAUCUUGGAAAAUAUAUUUAGUAUUAGUAACUUUCAUAUCUUUGCAGUAUUUUAAUGUAAUCGUCAGAAAAUAACUAUAUUUACCUCAUACUUAGUUAGUACACAAAUUAUCCAUUCCCUAAGUUAUAAGACUGACUUCCAUAGAAUAAAAAUUAGUCCUUCUCAACAUAGUCUAUGGAUUUUACUAUACAUUUCAAAUAUUUAUUACAUUCCAUGUGUGUUAGCUACGUACAUUCCUCUUAAAUAUUUCAGUAUUAUAAGCAUUUCUUUAAGUUUUAAUUUAUUUAUUUUUAUAUUUAUAAGAAUUUGUGUAUUUUCAUUUCAAUUAAACCCUCAUUCGAACUAGCGUUUUUUUCACGCGCGUUAAAAAAGCUUGCAAAUAGACCAAUAAUUUCAAUAUAUCUGUUUAUACUACAGCGCUUUUGUAACAGUACUUUUUAUCGCGCAUUGUUGUAUUUUGAUUCCUAUUAAACGGAAUAAAAGUAAUUUUAAAGCAUUUGUCGCUACAGAGUCGCUUUUCGAGUUUUAACGCUGGGUUAAAAAAAGCGCUCGUACGAAUGAGGACUUAUUGUGAAAGGUGAAAUACUAAUAAAAGUGAAUCUCAAAAAUAUUAGCUUUUUUUGCAAAUGUUUUCGUAAUAAGAAGCCACUGACAAAGUUUAUCUCUAAUGCUUUGAGCAUUAAAUAAUUUAAUUCAGUACUUUUGCUGUGUGUGAGCUAUUGAAUUUUUAUUCACUACUUGAAUAUUUUAAAUUAUAUAACCCUGUUAGUAAAUAGACUAUAAGUAUUGAUUGUAUGUAAAAUUAUUAACAUAUUUUAUUGUAAUUUCACGUAUAGUUUAAAACGUAUUAAUAUUUUGAUGUUUGUCAUUUUAAAAAAUCUUUGAUAGUUUCUCUCGAUUGAAAGUUGUUAAUCUUUGGUAAUUAUAAAAAAAAACUUCUGUUUUGAAAUAUAUAUUGAAUUUUUUUUAAUUCGAUAUAGAUGUUAGAUGGAGAUUAUUUAUUAGACAUUUUUUCACUUUAUGUUCAUGUAAUGGAUGUACUGAUUUAGCGUAAAAUUAUUUAUUUAUUGUUGUUUGUAUAUAUGUUAUAGCUGUUUAUAUUAGCUUUGAAUUAAAUUGUAGGCAAAAGUAGUACAUUUAUGUUUUAACGACCGAAAUUACAAUUCAAAAAUUAGUAAUUUUUACGAAACAGAUUUCAACAACUCAAUCUCCUUAUAGACAGAUCAUGUUUAUCGAUUGAUAUUGCCAUCUUUGAAUCGAUUGAAUUUGAAUAAAAAGUUAAUUAAGAAAAGCGCAGUUGGCCAAAAUGAUUAAAUAUCCCUCCUCCGUCGAUUAUAGG